AUGAACACCCCAACCAAUUUAGGCGACUUGGUGAUCGCCACACCCUCUUCGUUGGCAGCACGGAAGUCGUGUGCAGCCGAGGUCGGCACCACAGCUACUUCACGCAGCCGCGCACUUGUUGUGCAGCACAAAAAGGAGACGGCAAAGGCUACAGUGAAGGAGGUGGACGUCUUGCAUCGGGGUCUCAAGCGGCUGGAGACACGCAUGCAUGAGCUGGAGUCACGUGUCCAGUAUGUUAACCCAUGGGUGGUACAAUACAUGUGGGAGUUGCUAUGCGAAUUGCGAGACAGGAUUGGUAUGAAUUAUAGUCACCAGCGUGAAAAGGCGUGGAUUACGGGGUUGCGCCGUCGCCGAGAAAAUUCUCGUGGGGAUCAACCGUUGACAGAGUCUGGGAUGAAAACGCCGUUGAAACAGGGUCCUACUGAGGCGAGGACAGGAACAGCAGGAUCAAGGGGUGAGACAGUUUUGACAACCCCAACGCAUCGUUUUGAAUACGGCAAUGAAAGUGUUGAGGGCGAGCAGCAAGAAGACGAUGAAAGUAUCUUGGACACGUCAGUCUCAGAUGAGAGUGAUGAUGGCCGUUUAUCCUUUCGAGAGAAUGGUGUGGUGACGACCGAGGCUUGUGCCCAAGGCGGAGCGGACUUUGUGCAGAGUUCUCCUAGCAUCGACGACUCGAAGAGGUUGAAGGUGGGGAGAACUCCCAAAACCGAUGGGCGAAGGCUUGCGCGUUACAUGGCUACACUCGGGGCGCGUUGGGAGGUCUACCGCAUUACCCAGGAGGAGAGUACCAGUAGGUUGGAAAUUGCCCUCGAGGAGAGCACACAACGAUCUCUUCUUAUUUCUUCCCUGUCAUGUAGUUUGGCGACGGUAUUGCAUCAAAGAGAAGUAGUUUUGGCUUCUUCUGCAUCCCCAAACGGUGGGAACGUCCACGGCAUGCACCAGAAUGCAACGCAGCGCCAGGGUGGCAUCGCAACGCAGAGAAGACGUGAGCGAUUUGAUGACUUGGACAUGCCUUCCCCACCGCGUAUCGAAAUUCCUGUCGGACUGUCUCCCAUUCAGCUGGCCCAGAGCCCCUCUGACUUUUUCUCACCAGAGAGGGGCAACGGCGGGCGCGGCGCUAAUCAGGAACGAAGUCGGCGAGCGGAGCGGAGUGCCACUGAAGUUGUGGACGAUGACUCGGACUUUUUCUCGCCCAACAACCGACGACAAAAAAGUAGGUGUGAGCACGAAAUGACCGCGUUGGCCUGCUCGGUGUUGGAAGCCCCGGAGUUCAUGGGGCGAGUAGUGAACGAGGUUUCGCGACAGUUGGCCGCGCAGAUACAGCAGACCGAUAUGUCGGGUGAAAAGCAUUUGUCAUCCUCUCAGUCCUUGCCAUCAGCGUUAGUCUUAACGGCACGUGAAGCCGUAAAUGCCAUUGCCGGAGCACACGACGAGGCUCUUUAUCACCAAUUAAGGGAGUAUCUUGCACACGAACAAAGGCAGAGCACGACCAAAGAGGAAAGUCUUUGGCAGCGUGUAACAGAGUACGAGGAAAUGUGGGAACGACGCACCGCCGCGGAGCGGCAAACAAAGGAAGAGGUGCUACAAGAACACCAAAGACUUCUUGCACUUGGAAGAGAGGAUGCGGAGUCAUGCAGCGAGAUACGCAGGGAGCUGCUAAAGCUUUGCGGGGAGGUGGUACGUGCCGUGGAAGGUAUGCCUGAUACUUUUUCCGCGUCACGAUUGAGUACGGAGUUGGAUGACCGGCAAACCAAUGGGACUGAUGCUGUUCGCGACGAAAAGGUGUUUCUCCGGUUGGAAACGUUAUCAGCCGCUGUCAGCAGUCUCUACUCGGACUUAGAAUCGUUGCGAAAAAGGUCGAAAGGUGAAUUGGCUCCACAUUCCGAAUGGUGCAAACAGACGGAGAGUCGUAUCGCAACUCUUCAAGAGAGCAUGAUGGAUGUGCAAGAGGCAGUCUCGAUUAUGGCCCGUAAGUCUCGUGCGGCGGAGGAACGCCUAGAUGCAUCCAAGGCAGAAAAGGAGGAGUUAAUCAAAUGGACAGAACGAAUACAGGGCCUGGAGCAACAGGUGGAGGCGCUUCCUUCCAUUUUCGCCACCGCAAUGUCCCCGUCACUGCCGCCGCCCAUUGAAACUACAGCGACAACAGGUAUCGAAAUGAACUUGAUGUCCGUGGAGGACGCCAUGAUUUGCGUUCAGAGGAAUAUUCUUUCUCGUCGAGCAAAGUUGGAAACAUCAACCGAUCCGUAUUUCAGAGCGCUGUCAGCGUUGUGCGCCACUUUACAACAGUUGAGUCAUUUGUACAACGUCGGCACUGGCACUUUUGGUGUAAGUCUGCGUCUCAUAUUUGCGAUGCCUCCCUUAUCCGUUCCAAGCUCCUUGGCAAGUGCGUGCCAGGCGUACCUCCGUGAACACUCCGCAGCAGAGUUGAAGGAGGCCAUGGAGGCUCUCAAUGUCACUCAACAGGUCGCAAAGGUUCUGUAUGACAGCUACUAUUGGAUACAAUCCCAUAUCCUAGUGGUGGAUGAUAAAGCUAUAGAAGCGUCUCUGCAAAAUAUGGAGGAUAACACUCUCUUGGCUGAAGGCGGGAAUUUCACAGAACGAGCUGAACCGUUGCCAAAGUUUGAUGUCGUGAGUUCAUUCCGCAAAGGGCAGCUGCGUUCUGCUACCACUGACGGCAAAUGCAGGACGGAGGCCUUAUCGCGAUCAAAAGAGGCUUCUUUUCCUCAAGAACCGAAGAUUGCCACUACUAAUUUGACCGUGACGCAGAAAGAACCCUCUGAAAAGGCAAUGCCUUUACCUUCAUCGCAGAAUAAUAGUUGCCCUGAGUCGAAAUCUGGUGAAGAGGAUGAAAAUCACCAACAGGAACGUCCGACGGGUGAAUUGACGUCUCCUACUGCCUUGGAGUCACUGGCGAUGGCAUCCCCUUUGAAAACAAUGGACGCUCAUUGCGGUGUUAUGCAUCAUUACCAUCACCAUUUCAACUGCAGCAGAGAAGAAGGGCAUAAUUUCGCACCACAGUUCCUUAGAGAAAAAGAAAAGGAAAGGACGUUUUCUCCGAAGCCCCACGCCUCUCAAUGCUCCGAGACGCAGUGGGAUGCACGUGAAACACGUUGGGGGAAUGCGGCACAACAAAUCGGGGCAUUGUACCAUGAUGAGAGCAAUUUUGCUGAGCAGACGACCCCAUUGCCUGUUUCCUCUCUGAACCGCUCUCACAUCGAUGUUGAGAAAGGAAUUGGGCGUAUGGGGGAACGGAUGGCUCAGAAUGGAUACACGUCUUUGGAUUUACCACCAACCCCCUCUGUGGUGAAUGAGUGUCUUACACUUCCCACUGCAGUCUCUUCUUUCGUUGAUCCACAGCAAGCGACACACACCUCUGGACGUGGAUCACUUCCUUUCAAGGAUCUGCAACCCUUUUAUACCGCCGUCACACGGCCACGGCCAAAUUCACACUCUAAUUUUGAUAAAAAUAAUAGUGACGGUUCUGCACAUGAGAGGGCUACUCGUUUUGUUUCUCGUUUGGUGGGCGAUGAAAAAGAUAAAGGGACACGACAUUCGCUUCAUCGCCACCAAAAUCUGCAUCUCAACCUCCAAAAAAAGUUCUGA